AUGGCCAUCGGAGUCCGGCAGCCAUUUUCUUGUAUAUCAGUCCGGCAGCAGCAUACGUUCCCAGGCCGUGUAGUGACGUCAGGUCCAUUUUCCCCUGGUCUCAGCUCCAUCGUUUUCCACAAGGCAGCAGGAACAGAGAGCAGCCAUUGCUGUGUCUGGAAGCAGGAUUACACAGUAGUGAAGAAGACAUCUAGAGAGCAUGAGACACCCAGCAGCUGUCUCUCUCUGUCAGGAGGACUGAGCAGGACCCAGUGCCCCAUCACGGUGCCUCCACCUCACUCACUGAUACAUGAGAGGCACAAUGACCAGAAAAUCCUGGAACUCACCAACAAGAUCAUUCAGCUGCUGACUGGAGAGGUUCCUAUUAGGUGUGAAGGUGUUGCUGUCUAUUACUCCACACAGGAGGGGGAGUAUAUAGAGGAACACAGGGGUCUGUACAAGGACGUGAUGAUGGAGAAUCACCGGCCCCUCACAUCACUGGAUGGAGCCAGUAACAUGAAUACCCCAGAGAGAUGUCCCCGUCCUCUUUAUCCACAGGAUUCUAUAGAUGAGAAUCACAGGAUCCCACAGGAGAAUCAGGGUAAAGAUCUGACUAAUGUUAAAGUAGAAGAAAUAAAGGAGGAAGAAGAGACAUAUGUGAGGGGUGAUCAGCAGUGUAAGGAGGAGGAUGUUCCUACAGAUAGCAUAGCAGAUGGACACACAAGCUGUAAUACGUCGGGGGGAUAUCUAAUUUUGUCUCCAGAUUUUAAAGCAGAAGAUAACUUCACACAAGAUUCUCCAGAAGAAACCUGCAUUACUCUAUCUAUAGAUCCAGUGCUUCACUGUGCAGUUACAUCACCUGAUACGUCUAAUCUUGAGGACUAUUUGCCAGAUCACUCAGAUAUCGCUACACUUAGUAUAGCUCAUGCAGGUGCUAAAUGUUUUGCACACAAAUCACAUCUUGUUAUGCAUCAGAGGAAUCACACAAGUGAGAAACCAUUUACAUGUUCAAAGUGUGGGAAAUGUUUUGCUAAAAAAUCAGAUCUCAUUAGACAUCAGAUCACUCACACAGGCGAGAAGCUGUUUUCAUGUUCUGAGUGUGGGAGAUGUUUUACCCAAAAAUCACAUCUUGUUACACAUCAGAAACGUCACACAGGUAGGAACCUGUUUCCAUGUUCAGAGUGUGGGAAAUGUUUUACCCAGAAAUCAGAUCUUGUUAAACACCAGAGAACCCACACAGGUGAGAGACCAUUUCCAUGCGCCGAGUGUGGGAAAUGUUUUGCACACAAAUUAGAUCUUGUUACACAUCAGAGAAGUCAUACUGGGGAGAAACCAUUCCCAUGUUCUGAGUGUGGGAAAUGUUUUGCACACAAAUCACAUCUUGUUACACAUCAGAGAAUUCACACAGGUGAAAAGCCAUUUCAGUGUUCUGAGUGUGAAAAAUGUUUUACAGAGAAAUCAGUUCUCGUUAAACAUCAGAGAACUCACACAGGUGAAAAGCCAUUCCCAUGCUCUGAGUGUGGGAAAUGUUUUACACAGGAAUCGGCUCUUGUUACACAUCAGAGAAGUCACACAGGUGAGAAGCCAUAUCCAUGUUCUGAGUGUUGGAAGUGUUUCACAAGGAAAUCAAUUCUUGUUAGACAUCAGAGAACUCACACAGGUGAGAAGCCAUUUUCAUGCAUUGAGUGUGGGAAAUGUUUUACACAGAAAUCAGAUCUUGUUACACAUCAGAAAAGACACACCGGGGAGAAACCAUUUCCAUGCUCUGAGUGUGGGAAAUGUUUUGCCUAUAAAUCUGAUCUUGUUAAACAUCAGAGAUGUCGCACAAGUGAAAAACCAUUUUAAUUUGUAUGUUCGGUUUAUCACGCAGAUGCGCUCUUACGCUUACCAAAAUAGAUCUAAAUAAGCUGAUAGGCCUGAAUCAAAUACUAAUGUUGAUAUUUUUAUAAUAAAUAGAUAAAUAGGCAAAAAUACAGAAGACCUGAUUUAAGUGCUGUCCAUGCGUGGAAUAAAUGCGAAUAUCCGCCUGUAUACAGAAUCUGCUGCAUCUGUGAUUCCCCCCUGUGAAAAUGGCCUUCAUCACUAUUAUUAUCCUUUAUUUAUAUGGCGCCACAAGGGAUCUGCAGCGCCCAUUACACAGUACAUAAUCAAAUGAGCAAACAAGAAAACAGCACUUACAGUACAAGACAAUAUAGGACAGGUAUAGAAAACACGGGGUUAGGUGCCAUCAAAGGGAGUAUGGAGUAUAAGAUAGUAUAAGUAAGAAAAGGAAAGGCACAUGAGGAAAGAAGUCCCUGCUCUUGCGAGCUUACAAUCACAAAAACCGGGACUUUCAGGGGUAAAUUUACUAAGAUGGGAUUUCUGUUUAAGAUGGAAUGUUGCCCAUAGCAACCAAUCAGAUUCCAGGUAUUAUCUUCUAGAAGGUGCUAAUUAAAUGAGAAGUCUAAUUUAAUUGGUUGCUAUGGGCAACAUCCAAUCUUAAAUAGAACUCCUAUCUUAGUAAAUUUACCCCUUAGUGUGCCUUGAGGACCGGAGUUGGGAAUGCCUGCUCCAGUUAUACAGUAUAGUAACAUGUAUUUGUAACUUCCAGCCAUAGAUAGAGGUGAAAUGUGUCAUAAGCAAAGCUUGGUACAGAUUGCUUAUGUAUGGUACUUAUUGUGUAAGUAUGUUGGACUUGUAGAUCAAGAUCUUUAUUUGCUUUGCGAUUGUCAAACGGUUGUCAACAUCUUGCAAUCUGAUCACUACAUUUUGGCAACCAUGCUUGACCGCAGGUUUAAGGCGUAUGUAAUGUCUUUCUUUCCAACUGACGCAGAUAUUGAGAGAUGCAAUGAUCUUGUGAGCAAGUUGUCAGCUCAAGAGGCACAUGACAAUGCAAAGUCUCCUCCUUCGGUUUCUCCUCCAACUGCUGCUGCCAGGAAAAAAAUAACCUUUUUCCAGGGACCCACUGGUGAUAGGGAGGAGUCCACUCAACACACCAGAGUGAAACCACAUUAUGACAUCUGGUUAGGCCUAAAAGAAUUGCCCAAAACUAUUGACACCUCUACCAUGGCUCAAUCUGACACAGUAACCAUCAUUAGAAUGGUGGAGUAUUAUUUUAACAACAAUGUACAAAUUAGCAUGUCAGACAGUCCCUUUGAUUACUGGGAGAAAAAAGGCAAUUUGGAGCCCCUUGUACAAAGUAGCUUUGCUUUACUUAAGCUGCUCUCUCUCCCAGUGUUUACUCGGAAAGAGUGUUUAGCAAAGCCAUGAACCUUGUGAGCGAUCAAUGUAGAAUACUACCUAAAAAUGUGGAAAAGCGGAUAUUCAUAAAAAUGAACUACAAAUUCCAUGAGGAGGACCUUUCCUGCCAAUUACAUCAAAAUACAGAGACUUCUUUAAUGGUCGAUUCCAGCUGUAGAGAGGAUUAACAACACUGUUAGCUUGUUUUGUGGGGCCAAAACAAACCAAGCACUCCAGCUACAAAAGUGUCACUCUCUGUCGCUGAAGUGCUUGGUUUGUUAAACUGUGCUUGUCCUUUUUAUUAUCCAAUAUGUGGGUGGGAGGGCCAAAGGACAAUUCCAUCUGGCACCACUUGUGGACUAAAUUUGGGAGAGUAAACCAUGGUAUUAUCCCUCAGACUCGUGUGCACCUGAUAAAUGUGCUACAGGAGUGUGCUACCCAAUUAGGGGAGAGGGGGAUUAGUAUGGCCAACAGGUUUAUUAGUGUGAUUUUUCUGAUUGUGAUUUAUUUUUUUUUAUUCUAAAUUAAUUAAUCCUGAUGUUCCCAAAUGCAGCUCUCAAGGCACUCUAAUGGUCCUGGUUUUAAGUAUAUCCAUGCUUGGCCACUGGUAAGUGAAUUAUUACCUCAGUAAAUUUGAUAUACUCACCUGUGCAGAUUCAGGGAUAUAUUUAAAACCUGGACUGUUAGGGUGCCUUGAGAACUGCAUUUAUGAAUCUCUGAAUGAAUAAUUUAAUCAGUACUUUCAACCCUUAUUAGUAAUCCUUUGCUAUUAAUAUUGCACUCUUGUUUUAUGGCCCUUUUGUCUCAGUGGCUGCAAAAUAGAUUCUUGUCUUUUUUUUGUAUUCUAAAUUAAUUAGUAAAUUUCAACCCUUGUCAUUAAUAUAUUGUACUCUUGUUUUAUGUAUGACCUUUUUUCUAA